AAUUAGCAUCGCGACCCACUUGUGAAGCGCGCCGCUCCGCGAUGGAGGCAGCUGCAUCAACCAUCAUCACCAGCAUUCAUCUCCCAAUCCCCCGAUCCAGAUCCUGUCGCCCACCGUGCCCCUUCCGGUCCCCGACAUCCCGAUCCGAAACCCUACUGCUCGGAGAUCAAUACCCCAAACCCACCCAGGCCCCCAGCCGUCCCUCGGGGCGUGUGUCCCUGCCGCAAGCAUGGCCCAAGAGUCGGUCCUGGGCCCGGUGGACGCCGCGCUCGAGGCGCUCGUCGUGCAGAACGCGAAGAAGACAAGGGAGGUGUUCACAGACCCGGCCAGCCGCAAGCGCAUACGACUCGUCGCCCCCGCCAGCGCCGCCGGUGCCGAAGGCGACCUCGACAAGACCACCCUGGCCCUGCGCUUCAACGCCGAGUACGCCGACCUGAGGGAGCUGCCGCCCGCGCUGGCGGCGAGGCAGGCGGCGGCCGCCGGCGGGAGGAAAAAGGCCGCUGCGCCGCCGAGGAGGACAGGUGGAGGAGCGGCGGCGGCGGCAGACACUCCCGAGGACGAGAAGACGCGGAAGCUGAUCGAGAGCAUCCCGGCCGGCGGGAGCAGGGCGGCGGCGGCGGCGGCGAGGCCACAGCUCGGCAAGGGCCCGCAUUCGACGGCGCUGGUGCUGCAGAGCCGCGGGCCCGGGUCGGCGGGCGCGCAGCAGUCGCCAUCACAGCGACAACAACAACAACAACAACAGAAGCCCGCUCCGGCCAUAGGGCAGCAGCUCGCGCUCGCGCGGCCCGACGACCUCCUCAUGCACCCCAAGCCCGAGUGGCACCGGCCCUGGAAGCUCAUGCGCGUCAUCUCGGGCCACCUGGGCUGGGUGCGGGCGCUGGCGGUGGAGCCCGACAACCAGUGGUUCGCCUCGGGGGCGGGUGACCGCACCAUCAAGAUCUGGGAGCUGGCCACGGGCCGGCUGCGGCUCACGCUGACGGGCCACAUCUCGACGGUGCGCGGGCUCGCCGUCUCGCCGCGCCACCCCUACCUCUUCUCGUGCGGCGAGGACAAGAUGGUCAAGUGCUGGGACCUCGAGACCAACAAGGUCAUACGCCACUACCACGGCCACCUGAGCGGCGUCUACGCGCUCGCGCUGCACCCGACGCUCGACGUGCUCGUCACGGGCGGCCGCGACGGCGUCGCCCGCGUCUGGGACAUGCGCACCCGCAGCAACGUGCACGUGCUCGGCGGCCACACGGGCACCGUCGCCGACCUCGUCUGCCAGGAGUCGGACCCCCAGGUCAUCACGGGCAGCCUCGACUCGACGGUGCGCAUGUGGGACCUGGCCGCCGGCAAGACCUCGGGCGUCCUGACCCACCACAAGAAGGGCGUGCGCGCCCUGGCCACCCACCCGGCCGAGUUCACCUUCGCCUCGGGCAGCGCCGGCUCCAUCAAGCAGUGGAAGUGCCCCGAGGGCGCCUUCAUGCAGAACUUUGAGGGCCACCGCGCCAUCAUCAACACCCUGUCCGUCAACCACGACAACGUGCUCUUCUCGGGCGCCGACAACGGCUCCAUGAGCUUCUGGGACUGGAAGUCGGGCCACCGCUUCCAGGCCCUCGACACCAUCGCCCAGCCCGGGUCGCUCGACGCCGAGUCGGGCAUUAUGAGCUCCGUCUUUGACGUCACGGGCACCCGCCUCAUCUGCGGCGAGGCCGACAAGACCAUAAAGGUCUGGAAGGAGGACAAGGACGCCACCGAGGAGACGCACCCGCUCGACUGGAAGCCUACGUUGAGCCACCGGAAAUUCUAGACGACGUUUGAAGGCGUGUUUCGUUGGGUCGCCUGAGUAUAGUUUAUGUAACAAUAAUCAGACCAUGUUAUUAGAUUUCCCUCUCGUCAGCCAACAGUCUAGCGGCCUUUGGUAUCAAGAGAGAAAGCCGAUAUACAGCAAAAGGCCGUUUGCAGCCCCCAUUUGGGGUGUUAUUUAAAAAAAAAAAAGGGAACAUCUAUAAGAACAACAAAAACACCAUCUACUCGUUUGGUUUCUUUCAACCGUACAUGAAGGAUACCACCGUAUGCUACAAUCAUACAAAAAAAACCCCCAUGCUUGUCGAGUGGUACACAAAAGAGCUCCCUAGGCUCACAGGACAAGGCCGAGAGCCUUGAUCUCCGGGUCGUCCCGAAAGGCAAGCCUGACCUCCUCGUCGCCGACCGCGAGCCG